GGUCGGCUCCGUGUUUACGUUGAGAUGCUCACAACAAAGGACAGCGCACCGCGGAGAGGCUGUCAUUUAAAAUAAAGAGAAAGCACCGUGGAUAUUUUCUCUUACGGUGAGCGUCUGCAAUUCACGACUCCUGGAAGGGGAGAGCAAAUACCAAAAAACCCUAAUCUGCUUCCAUUUUAUUUAUUUUUCCUACGUGAUACGCUUUAUUAUUUUUUUAUUAUUUAUAUUUUAUUUUUUUAAGCAGCUAAGACGCGGAGAAAUUAGGACGAAAUCUUCUGCCGUUUUUUCUAUGUUUUUGUUUUUUCCUUCUGGGACGAUAGCUAGCUCCUUAGCCUCUGCAAGUUGGUGGGAAGGCUAAGCAGCUGAGACCGACCGCAGGCUCGGGACAAUAAGAGGACCUCAUCAUUUAUAUCGCAUGUAGAACAAGUGGAGCUACAAGAGACGGACCCAUGAAGCAUGACAGGGUGGAGCUGAGGCUCAGCUGACCCUUCCCCUUCCUUCUUCUCCUUAUUCUCCCCAGUGCUCCAUUCGAUCAGCACCAACCCCCUCCCUUCCCCUCGUUGCCCCUUCCUUCCUCCCGUGACCCCGUUGCAUCUCACCCAUCGUUCCUUGCCUCCAAUUCCUCCAGACCUCAAUCAACCGUGCCCAAUGUACUCCCCGGAGCAGGAAAACAUCUCCACCACCGCCUCCACCAAAGUGCCAGUGAAGUAUGGAGAGCUCAUUGUGCUAGGAUACAAUGGCUCUCUGCCCAACGGGGAUCGGGGGCGACGUAAAAGCCGCUUUGCACUUUGCAAGAGGCCGAAGGCAAACGGGGUGAAGCCCAGCACAGUUCACGUCGCCUGCUCUCCGCAAGCAGCCAAGGCCAUAAGCAACAAAGACCAGCACAGCAUCUCUUACACUCUGUCUCGAGCCCAGACGGUGGUGGUGGAGUACACCCACGACAGCAAUACAGACAUGUUCCAGAUCGGUCGAUCCACAGAGAGUCCAAUAGACUUUGUAGUGACGGACACAGUGGCAGGCAGCCAGAGUAAUGCAGACACUCAGUCGGUCCAAAGCACCAUCUCCCGCUUCGCCUGCCGCAUUAUGUGCCAGCGCACGCCGCCUUACACAGCGCGCAUUUACGCCGCAGGCUUCGACUCUUCCAAGAGCAUCUUCCUCGGGGAGAAAGCUGCUAAGUGGAAGACAUCUGAUGGUCAGAUGGACGGGUUGACCACCAACGGCGUGCUGGUGAUGCACCCUCGCAACGGCUUCAGCCAGGACUCCAAACCAGGCGUCUGGAGGGAGAUCUCAGUCUGCGGCAACGUCUUCACCCUGCGAGAAACGCGCUCAGCACAGCAGCGGGGAAAGAUGGUGGAGACGGAGAGUCAGGAGCUCGUUGACGGCUCCCUUAUCGACCUCUGCGGCGCCACCCUGUUGUGGCGCACUGCUGAAGGCCUGGCCCGCACUCCCACCCUGAAACACCUGGAGGCGCUGCGGCAGGAGAUCAACGCGGCCCGCCCGCAAUGUCCCGUGGGCUUCAACACGCUGGCCUUUCCCUCAAUGCGUCGCAAAGACACACCUGACGAGAAGCAGCCCUGGGUCUACCUCCAGUGCGGUCACGUGCACGGCUACCACAACUGGGGCAACCACCGCGAGGAGAGGGAGGGCCGGGAGGGCCGCCUCAGGGAGUGUCCCAUGUGCAGAACCAAAGGGCCGUACGUGGCGCUGUGGCUGGGCUGCGAGGCGGGCUUUUACGUGGACGCGGCCCCGCCCACUCACGCCUUUAACCCCUGCGGUCACGUUUGUUCGGAGAAGACUGCGGCCUUCUGGAGUCAGAUCCCGCUUCCUCACGGCACACACACCUUCCACGCCGCCUGNCCCUUCUGCGCCCAGCAGCUAAGCGGCGAGCAGGGCUACGUCAGACUCAUCUUCCAGGGACCCCUUGACUAACGGCGGGAACUUCCCAGCAUUCUUUGGAGGUUUUAUUUGGAUGCUGACCCCGUAUUUAACACGGGGACCUUCCCAGAUCUGUUUUUUUCUGGACUUUUUGUCUCUCUCUCAUUUUUAAGUGACCUUUGUAUUGCUUUUUCAUGAAUGACGACAAAGAUUUCUAUAUUUUCACGUGAAACCAGAGACAGAAAAACCAAACAAAGAACACUGCUGGGUCAAACCUUUUUUCGCGUUUGUUUCUCGGAAAGGACUUUUAACAGUAUUUAUCUAAAUUACUAACACACCGCAGCGCAAACCUGCGGUUUUAUUCAUGUUUAUUGUUGCAUUAUACAUCUGUGUACAUCUCUUAGAGCUAAUUUAAACAAAGAUGUUUAUUUAUGGCCCUGGAGCAUCGCUUCAUCCUUUAUCUGUCAGAUAACUUCAAUACUAUUAAGCGUUUUAUUUUGAAACUUCAGUAUAUUGUUAACCAGAUAUAAAGUUUUAGGUGUGUUCUGAGGGUUUUGUUCUGUCUCUCUCUGCCUUGUUCACCAAUCAGAUCUGUCAUAUUUAUACACCCCGUCCUCUCACGUCGUGUGUUUAAACCCUUCAGUUAUUCUUCUGUCUCAUUAGCCAUCACCGCAGCCUUUUUCCCUUGCAAAGCAAUAGAUCUGGAACUGAAACCUCCUAAAGCAUUAUGGGAAACCGAGUCUUCUAGGCAUCUUUGCAAAUGGCCUGAAUGACUGCUCCCUCCCUUUAAAGUGAAAUAUCUUUGUGGGUAAGUGAGUGAAUCUCUACGCAGCCAUGUAGCUAAUGUUAUACUUUACACAAACACACACACACUUGCAGACACACACGCUGACCAGACCAGAGGGGUGCACUGCAAACCGAGAUUAGUGGAUCAGCGAGGUAUCUUUAUCCUCAAGUCAGACUUUAAGUCACAAAGAUGGCUAGAUCACAUGGUACGUUAUGCUGGUGACAUAAUCUGCUCCAGACUGCGUUAGGUGUAAUGUUUUGAAGGAAGGAGUACCUUUUAAUAAAACUGGUGAAGGAAGACGUGCAAAAUGCGUUGCAUUGUCAUUGGGAGUUCUUGCAUUCAGCUGGUGAUGCAGGACAUGUAUAAAUAGUAAUUUUAUGCUUGACCUGAAAGCAUAUGGGGGGCAUAUAUGACCUGAAACCAGCAACUGAGCCCAUUAAGGUAUCAGGAAAGUGUUGACUUCAAUACAACCAGAAGGUGUUCUUGUAAACAGAGGAGUCGCCCCCUGCUGGCUACCUAAAUGAAUGCAGGCAUACGGUUUUCAGCCAUCUUUUACAGUGAAUAUGGUUAGAAGUGAAUGCGCUGGGCAGUCUAUAUUAUUGAAGAAAGCCUGGCGGCCACAUUGACCUUGCUUCUCAGCACACCCCUCUGGUCAGAUGCUUUUCAUGUGUGGACAGUGUCUGGUUUAUUCUGCGUGAUAACUGGGAUGUCUGAGGCACACCUGCACAGUCAAAGCAAGAUCACUACUGUGCCAGAUGCUGUACGGUUUUUUGAUCGGUAUUAGUAUUGAGCUCCGAAUGUAUUAGACGUCCUUUUGACAGCAUUGCACUCAUGCCAGUAUUUUAAAAUCCUUUUCUUGUCACGUGCCCUACUGGAGGCUGGAAAAAAUCGACGCACUAUUUGUUCAGCUACACCUAAAAGUAUGCAAACCGAGGCAGUUGAAGUCAUUUCAGCAGGUUUCUCCUCCUCUCGUGUGAAUCGUCACAGUGCAGGAAGUCCCAUCUGUCUUACGCAUCGAGCGAGCAACAAAAAGCAGGAGAUACAAACACAUCUGCUGUGGUUUGACUCAGGUUUGACACAAGCACACACACACGCACGGCUUUAAGCUUCACAAUUCUCUUUAUGCACGCGUGUGCGCUCAUUAGGGCUUCGUGUUAACUUGUGCUUUCCAAACAAGGUCGAGCUUCAGAUAUCAGGGCUGCUCUUAGUUAUAUUUUAUGUUGA